GCGCGCGGCUCGCCUCACUUCCGGCGGUGGCGGCGGCAUGGCGGGCGGCGUGGAGCUGGGCUUCGCCGAGCCGGUGGGCCCGGGCGGCGCCUGGCGGCUGCGCAGCGCCCAGUUCCCCAGCAAGGUCGGGGGGAGGCCGGCGUGGCUGGGCGAGGCCGGGCUGCCGGGUUUCGACGCGCUGCGCUGCGGCCGCUGCCUGCAGCCCCGCGCCUUCCUGCUGCAGCUGUACGCUCCGCUGCCCGGCCGCCCCGACGCCUUCCACCGCACUCUCUUCGUCUUCGCCUGCCGCGGCGCCGCCUGCUACCGUCUGCCGGGCCCGGGGGGGCCGCUCUGCGCGUUCCGGAGCCAGCUGCCGCGCCGCAACGCCACCUACCCCGAGGAGCCGCCCUCCGAAGAGCCCCCGCCGCUCCCCGAGCCGGUCCCGCGGCGGCUCCGCAGCGGCGCCGCUCUGUGUCGCGUGUGCGGCUGCCCGGGACCCCGCGCCUGCGGGCGCUGCCGCCGCGCCGCCUACUGCGGCCCCGAGCACCAGGCGUUGGACUGGCGGCGCGGGCAUCGCCGCUCCUGCGGGAGGGGCGGGGACGCAGAUGCCACUGACGACACAGAGCCAGACCAUAACGAGUUCCUUUUUCCGGAAUAUGAAAUUCUGAUAGAACCUGAGGAACCCGAGUUUCCUGCUGACAGCAGUGUGGAUCCUGAUGAUGAGAAAGGAGCUGUGGAUGCAUCAAAGAAGCUGGAAAAACAAGAGGAAAGCAGAGUCACGAGCACUACAAGUGAAGCAUUAGAUGAAGAGACGUUGGAAGCAAUGGCAAAACAUGAGACUAAAGAAGACAAGAUCUUUCGAACGUUUAAAGAUCGAAUAACUGCUGAGCCAGAGCAGAUAAUCAGGUACUGCAGAGGAGGAGAAGGCCCAAUCUGGGUAUCAGGUGAAAAUAUUCCCGAAGAAAAAGAUAUCCCAAAUUGCUCAUGUGGUGCCAAAAGGGUAUUUGAAUUCCAGAUAAUGCCACAGCUCCUGAACCACCUUAAGGUUGACAGCCUCGGGGAGAGCAUUGACUGGGGAACGCUGGUGGUGUACACGUGUGCUGAGAACUGCGGUGCAGAAAACAAGUAUGCUGAGGAGUUCAUAUGGAAACAAGACUUCUCUAUAGACUCUACUGAACUUCCAUUAAGUUCCUAAGUUGAAUCAUCUAAUAUAUUACACUUAUCUCAUUUUUCAACGCAUCUGCAGGAAACUGAACUAACAUCAUUGAUACCAGUCUAACAGUUGUCUUGUUGGUAUGGGAUAGGAGCCCCAGGCAACCUCUUUCUUACGCUUUAGAGGAGCAACUUGAAGUUGGUAAUAAAGCCAGAUGCAAUUCUUCAUUGAAUUUCACUUCAAAUCUCAACUCUGAAUGUUUAAAUAAAGAUCAAAUGGUUUGGGACUGGUGAAA